ACAGGGAUGGUGACAGAGAUGGGGACAGGGAGGACGGUAGGGAUGGAGAAGGUAGUGGAGGUGAUGGGGAUGAGGUCAGGGAUGGGGACAGUGCCCAUUCCAGUGCCAGAGACAGUGAUGUCAGUGGGACAGGGAUGUUAAUGGGGAUGAUGAUGGUGGCAAAGAGGAAGGCCAGUGCCACCAGGCCCCCAAGCAGGAUGACUGCUGAGAGCAAACGUGGCCAGGGAGAGCCAGUGGGGCCCGAGGGUGCGGGUGGGUCGGGGGGUGCUGGUGCCCGCCUUGGGGGGGCCAGGCUGUGUUUUGGGGGCUGGCUGGAGCAGCAUCGGCGCGGAGCCCACGGGCGACUUAUGCAGUUGCUUAGCAACUCCCAAACCCGGAUUAGAGGCGAGCGAGGCAGGCGGUGGGGGGGCUGUGGGCUGCAGCCCCCCGCAUUGCCCUGGGGGUCCCUCCUGUUUCCCGGGGUGCCCCGGCUCACCCUGCCGGUCCCAGCACCUCGACGUGGUCUGGGGUGGCAGCAGGGUCUGCAGGGAGCACCGAGGACUGUGAAAGUGGCUGGAGGUGCUGGUCUGGUUGGAGAACACCCCAAAUGUAGGGGGGCAGAUGCUCCUGUGAGUGGGGAAGGGACCCCCAGACCCCAGAAGUGGAGCCCACUCCUCUGCUUGGAGCCUGCAGCUGGGCACAUCAGCCCCGGGGUUCUGCAGAAUGCUCGCCUGGCAGGGGUGUCGGGCUGAUAGGCUCGCCCGGAGGAAAGCGCAUUACGUAGGCAAGCGGCUCCGCUCAACUUGCCACCUGCGCCGGGAGAGCUGCCGGGGAAGCGAGAUCCUGCCGGAGCCCCUCGCCCGCCGCUGGCCGCCCACCCGCCCUCCGCCAUGGACUGCUGCAAUGAGGGAGCCUGCACAAAGCUGGACGAGGACAUCCUGGACAUCCCUUUGGACGAUCCUGAUGCCAACGCGGCAGCUGCCAAGAUCCAGGCUAGUUUCCGUGGCCAUAUGACCCGCAAGAAGAUCAAAGGGGGUGAGAUUGAUCGGAAAACCAAGGACGCCGAGUGCGCCAACAGCACCCGCGGCGGCGACCUCCGCAACGGCGACUAGGGGCCACCAGCUGCUCACCGGAAACCCCUCGCCACCGACUCCCUCCCACCGCCGCCCGCCGAGGCCCAGGAGCCCCCGCUUCACCCCCUGCCCCCCGCAUGCGUCCCCCGGGGUACCCCCACAGCCAGGCCGUGCCCCUGCCCCUGGCUGCCCCCCCCCAGCCCAGACACCCCCCGCCCCAAUAAACGCCCCUGCCAGAGCC